UAGGUUUAAAAAUGCCGGUCCCCAGGGUGAUUUGAAUAUUUAAAUUGCCAGUCCACAAAGUGUUAAAAGUAAGAACACAUUAUUAUGCAGUUUCACAUAAUUGAUAUAUAACAUGUUUAGAGUACAACCAAUUAAUGAUUAUGAUAUGAACGAAAGAGCAGCAUAAAUUAAUUUCAUGUAACAAAAAUGAAGAAAAGGAGUUGUAAAAUGUGUUGCCCCAGGCAGCUGCUUGGUUUGCCCAUGCUGUUUCAAUGGUCCCAAUGAGUGUACUUCGGUGUUCAUAUAGAAGUCCCCAUGUGUUUCUUAAUAUGAUGCACUGAGCAAUAAUUGAAACACACAGAACUCUACAAUAAAUGUAUUUCUAUUAAUAUUAUUAACCAAGAUGUUUGUUUAUCACCAUAAAUAAUGGAGAUUUCAGAAAUGAACUCAUUAAAAGUUGUUCCUCAUUGGAGGAUGAUAGUUAUGGGCUUCAAGGAUGGGUGGAACCUCUUAUUACAUUUUUCUUGUUAUGUGGUUACAAUUUGAUUAAACCGUAAAUAUAUAAAUUAAUACAGUUUGUUAUACUGCUGCAGUCUGUUGGAGUGUGGACAUGUGUAGUACUAGCAAAAAUUACUGUUUUUUAAAUGACUGGAUUUUACAUGGAGAGAUUUUCUGUCAUUUGGAAGGUUUAUACUAAGCAAUAGUGUACUACAAAGUAUGCUUAGUGUUUUUAAGGAGUAGACUGUAAACUUUAGAUCUGCUUUAUUAUGGCUAUAUUGUAAGGAUGCACUGGUCUAGCAUAGGGGAGAAUAUAAACAUGUACAACUAAUAGUCUUACAGUUUUAUAAAAUAUAAGCAUUAAUGACUUCCCAGAUUGUAAGAGUGGGUCAGUCUGUAAAUGCAAGUGGAAUUUGAAAAUAUUUUAACAACAAAUUUGCCUACUACCAAACGUUAAUGUAAGUGCUAAAUCAUUACACGAUAAAUAGACCUAUUUGAUACUGGUAUAUUGAAAGCUGCAAUAACAAGUGACAAUGUUAUAUUUUGAAUCAACCUGCUGGGACAGUGUGGUUCCAGUAAAACAGUGAAUAUCAUAAAGACAGAUUUAAUGUAAACUAUGCACUUCUGGUUUGAUUUCAUAUACCAUGCAAGAGCUACAUUUCAUUAUAAAUCUAACUGUUGCAUAUGAAAUGUGUGAAGCUUGUAGGAUAGCAUUACACAAGUAUUAGAAGUCAGGUCCUCCAAGUGUCUUAAUAAGGAGUGAAAACUGUUUUCAUUUUUCCAGUAAACUUUGAAAAAUACUUGAGAAAGCAAAUGAUUGAUCUAUUCUGAGUGGGGGAGGAACACUAUUACAGAAGUUGAAUAUUCUUUCUUCAUUCUGUGUACAUUUUCCUCAAGAUGAUUGCCAAGUGAGUAUCACACGUGUGAGGCCCUGGAUGCACCCUUUGGCCAAAAGAUCAGGCAUUGUGACAGGAUUUUCAUGGCUUUCCUUAGUCCCUUGAGGCAGAUGCUGGGAUAAUGCCUCAUUAGACCACAACUGCUUCCUUCCACAUUCUUUCCAAUUCACUGUUACUGAUUAUCCUGCUGGUCAAUGCUGUACAGUUUGAGCUGCUGACACUUACUUUAAUUAAGCCAUAAAUAAGUAAAAAAUAAAUACUUUUUGAGUCACAUAACUUCAUUUACUUAAAUAGUAUGCUGGAACCUGUUUUCAGGGGACAGUAACAUUAAAAUAUAUCUUAAGCAUGGAUUAUGCUAGGUUAGUUUACAUACUUAUUUGUAGCAACUUUGUUGCCAGGCAAGCAGACAAUUAGACAGGAAAGCAAACAGUCUGAGAGAUAUACUCAUAAAAAGAAAGUGGGAAGAAUUUUCAAAUUCACUUGCUACUCACUAUCAUUUUCACUAGCCAGCAAGUAAACAAACCUCAUGUAGUAAGGCACACAAUUGCAUCAACCAGUAGAAUGAAGACACACAUCCUCCAGCUAGUGAUUUUAACCAUGGUUUGACAAUCUCAGUGUGAUAAGAUACUCAUCAUUAGAUAGUUCACUUGCUAGUAAAUUUGAUGGCAAGUAGUAAGUAAAGUCAUCUACUGUAAUUGACAUCUUAGGGAAACUGAUUGUGCAUGUGAACAGGAUUGAACUGGCUCAGUGGAAGGUUUAGUUUUAAACAGUUUGAUUCUAUUUCCAUUCAGUUCACCUCUCUAUUCCUCCUGAACUCAUGUUCCUGUGUUUUAUCCAGACAUGUUAGUGUAACUAAUGAACACAGUCUUUAGCUAUGGUAUUUUAAAUUGAUUUUCAAGUUAAGUCAUGGAAACAUGACCCAAGCAAGAAAGAAAUGAAAUCUGUACAGUGUGAGUAAUGGGAAAGAAAUGAAGGAGAAUACAUGAAUGUAUAGUAUGUUAUAUUUAUUUGAAGUUCUUAUACUUGUCUGUACUUCUAGGAAUAAAUUAAAUCUGUACAGUAUUGAUAAUGGGAAAGAAAUGUAGGGGAAUACACGAAAAGUACAAUUUGAAGUUCUUUUGCUUAUUGUUUCUAGUUCUCUUAAAUUACAUUGAUUUUAAUACACUAAUUAAUAAAUCAGAUUAGAUAUUUCUUGUUGAUUGUUUCUGAUCACAUCCCAUUCCUUAAUGACAGUUUUUAACCCCAUUUAACUCAAAUCAAGAACAGUAGUAGUUUUUAAAAUGUGAGUUCACAACUUUUGUUGAGAGCUGUACAAACUUAAUAAAAGAUUAAAAACAGUAAAGCACAAUUUCCAUCAUGAUAACUCUAAAUCUGAAUGUAAGGUUUCUGGAAAUAAUUCAACGUAAGAAUGUGCAUUCAGGAGGUGUACACAUUAGUUGCAAUGAACUUAGAUCAGAUACAAAAUGUGUUUAAAAAAUGUCCAAUAUGAAUAGUUCAUCUACCUGUUUGCUAUAUGCAUUGAACUCACUGAGGGAAAGUUUAAUGAAAUUGACCAUCUGUACAAAUGUUGACAUUUUACGUUGUGCAUUUAUCGUGUUCUUUACAUUUACAAGUCUCGACACAGAUUCAGAAUUUGUCUUCCAUAUUCCACUUACCUUGUCUCCCAUUAUCCAGGUAUGGUAUAGCUGGUGCCUGGAUGGACUUAAAUUUUAAAUAUAUGAGCCUUUCCUCUUUUUGCAGGACUUUGAGGCAAUGGUAUAUUUUACUUGAAGUCAAGUCUGAAGUGCAUUUCUGUUAUUAAAACUAAGAGGCUAAUGUAAAAUCUAACUGUAAAAUGGUGUAGGCUUGUCUGUCAUGAAGCUGAUGCCAUUGUAUGCUACAAUUUGUAAACGUCCUGUGUUGAUGUGGAUACCAUGUACAUAAGCACGGACAAUGAUUAUUGCAAGACUGAUUGGCUGUGGGAAUUGUAACACAAUUAAUUGCUCAAAUUUCACUAAAACUCAUGUCAUCUCUAAAUACUUUUGCACUAACAAGGGAACGUUUUUGACUUUUUUGAAGCUUGUAAGAAAUUGUUCUGCAACCAAGAAAAAGAUGUGUCCUGAAAAAAUAUCUUCUGUAGGUAGUGUUUGUAAGCACAUAGAUGUAAUAUAUGGUUUUCCUACAUGUAGUAAUAAGAUUAAUAAACUGUAAAUAUACAAAAAUAGUUUUUCCACAUCAGUGGAGGGAAUAAUUAAGUUUAAGAAAAAGACCUGAUUUCAUAUAUACUGAAACCAUCAUACAUGUUGUAUGUAAAUACAUUCAUGUAAGUUGCUUGGACUUUGCAUUUGUAGAAGGCAGAAAAAUAAUGUCCACAUUAGACUGAAUUUCAAAAUUACAUUGAGUUAAUGUUGUCUUGCAUUGAAUUCACAGAACUGUUAUUUUUGUUCCUUGUAUGCAUAUGCAAGUUCUCUCUGUAGGAUUCAUACCAGCAUAAUUAUGUGUAGAUUUUGUAUUAAUAUUUCAGCACAUAUUAGUACUUUACCACAGAAAGAAACUUCUAUCCCUCUUCUGAAGCCACAAGUUCACAUUACAGAAAUACUAAAAUUUUAGAAAACAAAGUAUGAACUGAUUUCUGUGAGAGCACUUCCUUCUUGGAUGUGCUGCUACAUAGUCUGAUAAAUGUUUACCAAUAUUUUAGAGGAACAUUCUGCCUCCAUCUUCAGGAUCGAAGAGUAAUCUGAUUACUUUUUCACCCACUCUGUAUAUUUAUCCCAAAUGUGAGUAAACAUGUGCCAGACUACACAGUGUCACAUCACAGAAGAUGGUACUUGUAAUGGUCACCAUGAGAACCUUAAAUCAGACAUGAUUUAUGGAACUUAAGUAUAUGGAAUUAACUGUUAAAAUUGCACAUAGUGCAGUAUAUGUAACUUCCAGGUAAGGACUACUUCCUUUAUUUCUUCGUCACAAAAUGUUAAACUUAUAUCAAAACAGUAUUAUUUAUCCUAAGGUACAUUAUAUUCAUUAAUAUCAUUCCCUUGGUAUACAUUUAAAUUUCACAAUUGAGGAAACAUCUCCAGUGCUCCCUCAUCAUAGUACAGUUGUGGUCAUAAUGCAUUUUAUGUGUAUCCUCCAUUCUAGGUGUAGUGUCAGUAGUUGUGGUAGCACUGAUGGUAUGCAUACUGGUUUUGUCUGUAGGUUGUAAAUUAUGUGCAAAAAAUGUUCAUCUGCGUGAUUACACUUUCCAUGUCUUCUAAGUGAAUACCAAAACCUCCAAAAACUUUUCUUUGGAGCCAUGGUUUGUUUUUUUCCAGCAUAUGCUUGGUCGUACUAUAGUAUAAUUCCUUCAUUUGUGAGGAAAGACAUAAUGUUUUUAAUAAUGUAGUUUGUAAUAUGCAUUGGUGUUUUCACCUUAUAUUAUGAGAAACAGAGGGAGCACUUUAUUAGAAGUGUCCAAAUUGUUACAUAAAAUAGUGACUUUCAUCUUACAUUUCAGUUGAACAGGGGCAUGAUUUUACACAUUAUAUUCAUUAAUUUAUGAAAAGAAUUAUUACUGUUUGAAGACAUUUUUGUUAAAAUCUCUCCUCUUAGAAUUGCCAUCUAGUCAAGAAAGAACUUCAUACUCCGCAUUAGAAUUCAAUUGCAUGUGGGAGAAGCGAGUAAAGGAACUUCCAUAGCAUAUUUAAGAAUUUUUACUAACGAAAAAUAAUGCCUUACAUGUAUAGACCUGCAAUACAAAAUAAUAUAUAUCUAAAUUACCAUCAGUUUGCCUGACAAUUUUUAUCCAUACUUCAUUCACUUUUACAAUAUAAGAAGUUACAUUUUCAGCUGAUGAUACAACAUGGACUACGUAUUUUUUAAUUUUAAUGCCCCUAAUACAGGGAUACACACAGAACCAUUAAAAACAAUCCCACAUCUCCCAAACCAAAGCCGAAUAAAGAAAACAGUGUGUGGCCUUCAUUUUUAACAGAUCUUGUAAAUUUAAAUUACUUAUUAAUGUUAUAUGAUGCAUCAUUAGAAUGGUGUAAAAUUAAACACAGCAGGAAACAGAUGAUGUGAUGGGAUGGCCAAGAAAGCAUACACAUGUGAAAAUGUGACAGUUUUCACAAAGAACUGACAUAAGGUAUGAGUGUUAUAAUCAUUAUAUGAUAUUUCAAAAUAUUAUUGUAUGUAUGCAAAUGGAAAUAGAUCCAACAGCAGGUCCUGUACUACCAGACUGUAUUGCUUAGAAUUUUUCCAUGUAGCACAUAAACAAAUUUACUGCCAUUUUAAUGUCUGGAAGAAGACAGAAUUAUACACAAUUUCAGAGAAUGUGUUCAGCCUUGAAGCAGAAAUGUCCAGCUUGCCUGUACAGAGCAACACAGACUGUCUUUACAGGCAAGCAGGAGACUCUUUAACAUGCUGCCUCCUCCUUUAUUGUUGAAGCACGUAGGGAGAGAAUAGGUUCAGAUAUAUAGGCUGGUUGCAAAUGUGGUUACUCACCAUUAUGGGAGGAGGAAAAGAAAUGGAGCCUGUUUUGGGCCAGUGGAUACAAUAGGCAGGAAAACAGCCCAUUUCAAGAUCCAAGUAUGUUUUUUUCUCAGGAAAGAAACUAGAUUGUGGGGAGAAAAAAAAAGGAGCACAGUAUUAUUUUCCAUUGCAGGAGGGAAAUGGACUAGAAAAUUGGGGAAAGAAUAGCCCUUUACAGGGCUCCUGCAAAUGGAAAAUGUGAAGUCAACCCUGAUUUCUGCAUCAUGUUUGGAUGUGAGCUCUAGUGUAAAGGUAAUUAGGAAGCAUUAAGAUGUGUUGUAGUGAUGUUUGAAUUAUACAGGGCAUCUCAGGAGGAAAGGUCAAUAUUCUGGGAGGUCAGAGUAUCAGUCAUUGUAAAGAAAUAAGUGUACAUAUAUGUGUCCUAUUCUGAACAUUUUCUGAGAUGAGCUAUUACACUGUACAGACACGCAACACACCAUGUCCUUAUGAGUUGAGAAGUGCAUUAAUGUUGAUGGAAUUUUUGAAAAGGUAUUAUACUAGGUAAAUUGUACCAACUCUGUCACUUGAACAAUAAAUACUGGGAUUAGAAACAGUACAUAAUACCUCUUUCUCAUCAACAAUUUUGGAACUGUACAGUGAAACAGCUCUAUCUUGGAAACUGUUAGGAAUAAUCCUGUACACUCUUUCUGCUUAGGAUGACGGAUACUAUGACCGCCCAGAAUAGUGACCUUUCCUCCUGGAAUACCCUGCAUAUACCCUUUUAUUUCAUGUAUUCUGUGGAAUGAAUCAAAUUGAAAGUGCUUUAUGUUCUGCGGUAUGGCAAAAUGCAUCAUAUGUAAUUAACUGUAAAGAAGGAUGUUUUAUUUGGUAAGCAAUUCAUUUUUAAUAUCAUAUAUUAAUUUACAUCAUUAAUACAUUAUCAUGGAGGUUGUAUUUUUAAUUGUAAUCAACUAUAACAGACGUUUCAUAGCAGUUUUUAUGUCUGUUAAAUUUACUGCAGGCACUGGUUAACACACUUCAAAUUUACAUACAAAAAUGUAUUUCUCCCCCAAUAUUUUAAAUUGAAAAGUAUAUAUUUCAAAUACUGGAAAGCUGGUGUUGGUAUUCUGAAUGUGUAUGCAAUCCUUGGUGUGUUAUGUGAGAAUUUUUUAUAUUUAAUAUUGUAUGAUAAAAGAACAUAUAGCAGUCAUUGACAUUCUAUGCUUUUAGAAUGGCGUAUAAUUGUACAAAUUAAACUACAGCAUAGUAUUUUCUGGGAAUGAGCAAGUUUCACUAUUUAAUAUGGUGGUUAGAGUAUCUUUGCCGAUUUUAUUUACAUUCAUAAUGUUUUUCUCCAAGAAAAAGUUCUAUUUAAAGGCAUAGCAGUGGAAAAAGUUAUUUUUAAAUGCCUUUGCUGGCUUAACAUUAAUACAGUUCUAGUAUGUUGGAACUAUUUUGCAUUUCACCAAGCUCUGCAGUAUUAUCAUAAUUUAUCUUCUAAGUACUUCCUUAUUAUUCUUAAGCCACAAAUAUAGUUUUACAAAUGUGGUACAUCAAUUAUCUUUGUUGUAAAUGUUUAAUUACUAUCAUGAUGAAUUCUUUUGAGAUCAAUAAAGUAUUUUGAUGUGAACUGAAAUUGGUCUAAUAAUUUUCAAGAAUAUGUCAUUAAGUAAAUUUAAUUAUUACAGGUCCAUGUUAUUUUAUUUCAAAUGCCUGAAAUUAAUUGGAAUGUUCAAGAGGUGUGUAUCCAUAUGCUUUCAAAAAACUUUUUAAAUGUUUUAUACAUGUUCUGUUUUAAAAAUCUGUGAUGUGAUUAUUAGAUUACAGAAUACGAGUGGGUCAAGACUGUUACUGAGAGAGGGAGGACAGUCUGCAACUUUGUACAGCAUAAGAACUUCUGCUACUGUUAAUGACUGUAGCACUGAUGGGUUUAAUAUCAUUUUACCAUAAAUGGGCAGAUGUCACAACAUAUGUAACUCAAACCCGAUAUGUCCUAUAAGAUGACCUAUUUUAUCUAACAGGAUAUUUUCCAUGAAAAUUCCAUCACUUUAAUUUAUUUUCUACGUGUCUUAGUGUUAGCCCUUUAUCUUCUAGUAAAUGUUCUAAAAUUAGGAUUCUUUCAAAGUUCUUUUCACUGUUACGAAUCAUAUGCAAAACCAGACCUGCCAAUAGUAUUUGACCUAGCCAUUUCCUGCAAAGUAAUUUAUGCAGUUCUAUAUAUAUCAAAUUAACUGGAAGACAAGAGUACAUGAUUCUUCAGUUAUACACUGAAAGGUAUAAUGACUGAAAAAAUAUAUGGGAUCACUACUCGUUACAUCCCUGAAGACAAAACUCUUCCUCUUGAGGAUCGCAAAUCGUACACAGGAACUAAAGUUUACGUGAAACUAUUACUAACUAUGGGGCUGGGGAUUUUUAUGAAGCCAUAUGCUGCUCUAAAUUCUCGAAAAGUUAUUAUUUUCAGUCACUCUAAGACGCAUAAACAAAUUAUAUCAAAUACUAAUUCUCAACAGAACACCUACUCCUCCGACCCUCCGACCAUUUCUGCGAUGGCUCGUAACGCUUCUAACCUCCUUUUCACCACGUCCAGCACAUGCAACAGGUUGUAGCACAUCACCGGCCUGCAAAUCGAGCCUUUCCAAGCUUCCCAACAUUGUAAUAUUUGUGUGCCGUACAUUUCGACUCGUGGAUUAGCUUCGUCAUCUCUACAUACUACGGCGACAUACAAAUCAUGGAUUAGGCUGCUAGACUUUUUGUUCAGCGUUAAUUCACAUACAUCAUCAUUAUUCACUUCAUCCAAAUAGCACAAGCCGGUCUAAUCCAUCACAGUAGUGUACAAUGGAAGAUAUUCCAAGUAAUUUGUCAUACCUUAAUCCAAGAGAUCCUAGUAUAUAUCUAGGAAACAGGUCUUUUGGUUCUAAAAGGAUAAAUCUGCUGUCACGUUUUGGAGAUGAAACAGAACAUGAGCAUAUGUCAAAGAACAAGAGGGUGAAAGUGUACUUGAGAAUAAAGCCAACGAAGAAGGAUCCAACACUGACAUUUGCUGUGCCACAGGUUCAAACAUUUGAAGUUAAAGAUUCUCAGACUUUGGUAACAAGAUCUCUGAAGGAUUCUGUGAUUCAUGAAUUUCAGUUCACAAAAAUAUUCAGUGGCACUGCAAGUCAGGAAGACAUAUACACUGAGUGUGUUCAUGAUCUGGUAAAGGGCUUCAUCAAUGGACAGAAUUGCCUACUUUUUGCAUAUGGUACAAGCAGUGCAGGAAAAACAUACACCAUUCAGGGAACUUCUCAAGAACCUGGGAUUAUUCCACGAGCAAUUAAUGUUCUGUUUAACAGUAUUCGUGGAAAACAAAGUCAAACCUGUAGACUCAAACCAGAAUUGGUUAACCUAGUUGUGGAACUUGAUGACAAGGCAGUGCAUCAAGAAAUUGCAUACAAGCAGCAGAUAAUGUCUUGGUCACAAGAUAAAUACCAUGUAUUAUCUGGUUCCCAGGUCUCUGAAGCAAGCUCAGACAAGUGCUCAGAAUAUACAUCGACCAGUAUUGACAGUCAAGUUCCAGAUUUUGUCUCAAACACUUUUCGUGAUAUGCAAGUGCAACUAAAUAAUUCUUCACUUGUAAGUGUAGAAGGCAAAGAAGUUGUUUUCUCAGUUUGGGUUUCUUUCGCUGAAGUCUACAAUGAGAAUGUUUAUGACUUAUUAGAGCCCGUAGGAAGAAGAAAUCACAGGAGACAAAACUUGUCAUUAGGCGAAGAUAACAAAGGCCAAGUAUAUAUAAAAGGAUUGCGACAUAUCUGUGUUAAUUCUGCUGAUGAAGCUUAUCAGGUUAUGUUAUAUGGACAACAUAAUUUGAAAUUUGCUCCAACUGCCUUGAACAUUGUAUCAAGUAGAUCCCAUUGCAUUUUCACUGUGAAGCUUCUUCAGCAUGCCAAAUGUGAACACCCAAAAUUUGUUCAUGUAAGCAUGUUUUCAUUCUGUGAUCUUGCUGGAGCUGAACGUGCCAAACGUACCCAAAAUGUUGGUGAAAGACUGAAGGAGUCUCAAAAUAUAAACACUUCUCUGCUAGUUCUUGGAAGAUGUCUAAUGACAAUCAGGGAUAACCAGAUGUGCAGAAGCAAGAAGUUGAUUCCAUUUAGAGAUUCUAAGCUAACAAGACUCUUUCAGGGGGCACUAAAUGGAAAUGAAUGUUUUUCAAUGAUAGUUAAUGUGAACCCCACGUCAUUUCUGCGGGAAGAAACUUUCAAUGUGCUGAUGUUUUCAGCUGUAGCAAAGCAGAUAAUUCUGCCAGCCAGACAUAGGAAGCGUGUUCCCAGAUCAUCACGUUUCUCUCAGUAUAUCUCUAAGAGCUCAACUCUAAUAUCAGAUGGCACCUGUGAAGGAGAUAUAUCUACUUCACCACUACCAAGCAGUCGAGAUAAUCAGCAUUUGCACAAUCAGAUUGAGAUCCUUGUAAAUAAAGUUGGUGAACUGAAAAAGCAGCUGGCAGCGGAGCAUGCAGAAAAACUGUCAUUAGAGGCUAAAGUACGGCAAGAGCUAUGUGAUAAAUUCUCCAGUAUGAUGGUUGAAGCACAAGCAGAUUGGAAGUCUCGUUUGGAAGACACACAGCAUCGGUAUGAGCAGAUGGGUGACUGGAGAGUGAACAAGUUGCAAGAAUACUAUGAGCAACAGCUAAAAAGAAAACGGCACUGUGCUGAUAAUGAUUCUGAAGAAGAGAACACAACAAUGCAGGACAUUGAUGCAGAAGUGGCAUGCUUACAAGAGAAGCUUCUUGUAUCAGAUGAAUUACUCAAGGCAUCACAGAAGGAAUGCAGUGAGCUCUCGAGCAAAUACUCCAAGCUGAUGUUUGAACUGGCUCAGUGCAAGUUAUCUCUGAAAAACAGUGAGAAACUUAAAGAGGCUGCCCAAGCUGCUUGUGAAGGAGACAGAAGUGUUCUAAUCAAGGAGCUUGAAAGUCAACUGGCAGCAAUGAGGGAAGAGCUCUGUAAAAAACAGGACAAAAUUCAGGAACUGGAUGGUAUUCUGGAGGAUGCACAGGUUGACUGCAGACAACUUGAAGAUGAUUUAAAAGCAACAGAAAAAGAAAGAGAUGAUCUUGAUCUAAAGCUUGUGGAAAAGGAAAGUGAUCUUGGGCACAGCCUUGAUGCUUUGAGUGAUAAGCAGCGCAUAUUGGACAAGCAGUUGCUCAGUCUUGAUGAAAAGGAUGAACACAUAGAAAUUUUGGAAAAGAAACUAAAAGAGCUGCAUGAGAAAUAUGAUAGUGAUAUGAAAACCAUGACAACGAAGACUGAAGAAUUAGAAGAAAGGCUGAAAACAUCGUUGAUGGACAAUAAGUUGCUGAAAUCAGAGGAAGAAAAUAACACUGAGAAUGUGCACACACUUCAAUCAGAAGUGAGAGAACUGAAAAAUAAAUUAAAGGAAUCUGAGGAAAAAUUGCUACAAGCAGAAGCAAUGGAACAAACACAUCAGAAAGAAAUUGAGAACUUAAAUCAUAUUAAUAAUGAGUUGGAAGACAAACUCAGUGCUUUGGAAAAGGCUGAAAAGACUGCAAUAAAGGAAAUGAUAAGUGCUCAGAAUUGUGCAGAAGAACAUCGUAAACUGCUGGAAGAAAAUACUUUAACAUCACAGAAGGAAAUUUCAAAAUUAAAAACGCAACUGCAGUCUUGCAUGGAUAAUGCAGAAUUUGUACGACUACUGAAGGAGGAACUGGAGGGAAAAUCAUUCAAAUUUGAACAACUUGAAAAUGAAAAUGAAUGUCUAAAGAAAUCCCUUGAAGUUAAGGAAGUUGAAAUGGUGCAUUUCAAGGAAAAUAGAGAUAGUUUACUGAAGGCCUAUGAAAAUAUGUUAAAGAAAGAAAAGGAAGAUACAGAGAGAUACAAGCGUGAAGUACAGCGCUACCAGCAGAUGUUCCUCAAGAACACACCUACUCCCAACAAAAGCGAAUAUGAGAUGAAAAUACGGAAGUUAAAUGAAGACCUAGAAAAGAAGAAUCAAGAGCUGAAAGGUUGUUAUGUUAAGUUGGUUAAACUUGGAGAAAAAUACAAGUGUGGAAAUCAACAUGAGGUACAAAGUAAUGAAUCACAGUCCACAGCUCUUAGUGACUCAAAAGAUGUCAACAGACAACGAACUCGGACUCGCACCCGCACCAAGGCUGUUGAUGAAAAUACCCAACCUCCCCUUACAAGCUCGGAGAAAAAAUAUGCUUCAAGAACACAGUCAAAUAGUGUGGGCAGGAAACAAGGUUGUAACGAAAAAACUAAAUCCAGGAGUCGGCGCAAAAAUCUCUUCUCAUGUAAUCUGGAUGAGUCAUCAGAAAUUACUCCAGUUGAGACGGAGGAAAUUCCACCUUCUAUGUCACCAACCAGAAUUCUGAGAAGUCACCGCAGGUGACAUGAUUGGAAGAAUGUGAGAGUGAUGAAUGUUUGUGAAAUUUUGUUUGGAAAUAUUUAUAUGUAUAUGUAAUAGUAUUUUAUCCAGAAAGACAGGACACAUGAAAUGGAUAUAAAUCACAAGUUUCUUUAGUUCAUGUCCAUUUUAAACUGUUGCAUAAAGUUUUAUGAUUUUGACACAUUGUUCAUUCUUUAUAGGUUAUUAAUACUGUGGAAAUACAUUAGAAAUGUGUAAUUACAAUGUGUUCAGAAAUUGAGCCAUUGAGCCAACUUGUAAAUUUCUACACAGUUUGAAAAAUAUUAAUAUUCAAUUUGUAUGAAUUAAUGUGCUUUUAAAAUGAAAAAUUUAUGUGUGAUUUCAAUGUGGCCUAGAGAUGACAUUUUUAUUAUGCUUACAGAAUUUAAAUUCUGAUUUUAUCCACAGUUAGGCUGCGCCAUAGCUCAAGCGGUUAGUCGCUGGCUUCCCACAGCAGUGGCCCUGGUUCAAUCCCAUGUCUAGUCAAGUGGGAUUUGUGGUGGACAACGUGGCGCUGGGGCAGGUUUUCUCAGA